AUGAACAGAACAAAUAAGUAUGAAGGUUUGUGUUCUGAGGGGAAGCCGCCCCCGGCUGAAGUCCCUAUAGGUUGGCAGCGGAGGAUCACCCAGAGCAGGGUUGUCUACAUAAGGUAAGACCUACUCUACCUGUAUUUAAACUAGCCUGGGGUCCCUCCAUCUGCCCAAUCAGUAUUUAGGCUAAUUAUUUAUUUCCUUCUACAGGAAGAUUUUCAUGUAACUGUCUGUGUUUGUUGAACAGGUUCCUUCAUACAGGAUAAAAAAAAAAAAUGCUUGUCAUUAGGGAUUUAAUGAUUCACCGAUACGCAUCGGUCCCCGACUCAAAUGUUUAAGUUAUGAUCAGUCCGCGGACCCCAAACCGAUCCAAAUGUAGCAUCUGUCAGAAAAUCGAUUCAAACGUUACGAAUCGCUGAUUUACUAAAAUGUUUUGCUCAUCUAGGUUUUCUUUCUACCUUCAAAAAAAAAAAUUUUAAUAAUAUUUUUUAUUAUUUUGUUACAACUGAUGCGUCCAGUUCCUCUCCUUCAGUGUGGAACUAAGCAUUUACCUGUGUUGACAGUCAUUGAUCUACAAGUCAUUAGUCAGUAGCCUAGUCAAACCGUGCACAGCUUGGUGUGCUGACCAACUCGAGGUAGGCGGCAUGUUCCUGAUCUUACACAUCUAUUCUGCAGGCACCUUCAGCAUUAAAAAUGCUAAAAUUGCUUGUGCGAUAUUAGGCUUUAUUAGCUGAGUGACAACCUAUGUAAUAUGCACUGUUGAAUAUUGUGUUUUACCGGAAUAAAAGGAAGCUACCGGAGACAACUCAUCUGGCUAUAGGCUACCUGCUGAACGGGACCUACAAUACGUUUUAUUUUGAUAUGGUCAUUUUUAGAUAUACAGGGAAAAGGUAAUAAUUUCAUAAUGAGGACACCAGUCACUUUUGCGGGGCGCGCUGCAUGGCCAAAGCGAAAGGAGAAGAUCACUCCUUUAACUUCAAAACGGUCAAAACCAUUUGAUUUUGAGGUGGGGGUGAAAUCCAAAGUUAUAUAUUCAUUGGCUAUGUUAAGCUGGCACUUAACAAACUAGUUUACACACACACACAGCAAGCUGGCACUUAACAAACUGUACAAGGCUAUAAACAAGCAGGAAAAUGCAUAUCUGGAGGCUGUUUUUCUGGAUGCCGGUGAUUUUAAUUCCACUAAGACACGCGAUGCCCAACUUCCAUCAACACGUCUCCUUCGCGACUAGGGGCAGUAAUGUCCCUAGACCACAGUUAUUCUACCCACAAGCAUGCAUACAAGGCCCUCCCUCGUCCACUAUUCGGCAUAUCAGAUCAUAACUCUGUACUCCUGUUUAAAAGUGAAGCUGACCAGAAUCAGAAAUGUUGCUACAGGACUGCUUUGCUAGCGCUGAGUGGAAUAUGUUUUGAGAAUCCACCAACAACAUCGACGAGCUUAACCACCUCCAUCACUGACUUCAUUAGGAAAUGCAUCUGCGAUGUUGGCCCCAAAGUGCACAGCGCUGCUUCCCUAAUCAAAAGCCCUGGAUGAACACUGAGAUUGGUGCUAAGCUAAAGCAAAGGGCUACCGCACACAGGGCCACCGCACAUAACCCUGAGGCUACGGCUGAGGACAGGAACAAGUACAAGAAGUCCAGCUACGACCUCCGCAGAGUCAUCAAACGAGCAAAAGGACAUUAUAGGAAAUAAGGUGGAAUCAUAUUACACAGGCUCCGACAUCCGCCGCAUGUGGCAGGGGCUACAGUCCAUUACGGAUUAGAAAGGAAGACCCAGCCGUGAUCUGCCCAAUGAUGCCUCUCUACCAGAUGAACUCAACGCAUUUCAUGCAUGCUUCGACAAUAACGACACUGUGCCGGCUGUGCGGGCUGUCACUGACCCAGAGGACUGGGUGAUUUCGCUCUCUGGGGCCGACAUGAGUAAGGUCUUUAAUCAGGUCAACACCCGCAAGGCCGCGGGGCACAACGGUAUUCCAGGGCGCAUUCUCAGCAUGCGCAGAACAGCUGCCAGGCAUAUCCACGGUAAUUUUCAACCUCUCCUUGUCCCAGUCUUAACCUGACCACCACCAUUCCUGUUCCUAAGAACUCAAAGCCACAAUGACUACCACCCUGUAGCACUCACAUCUGUAAUCAUGAAGUGCUUUGAGAGGCUGGUUAUGGCACACAUCAACUCCAUCAUCCCAGACACCCUAGACCCUCUCCAAUUUGCAUACCGCCCCAUCAGAUUCGUGGACAACGCAAUCUCAAUUGCACUUCACACGGCCCUCACCCACCUAGAUAAGAGGAAUAUCUAUAUGAGAAUGCUGUUCAUUGACUACAGCUCAGUGUUCAACACCAUUGUCCCCAAGCUCGUCACUAAGCAUAGGAGCCUGGGACUGAAUACCUCCCUCUGCAACUGGAUGGGGGCGAGCACGUCCACAUUGACGGGGCUGCAGUGGAGCAGGUCGAGAGCUUCAAGGUCCUUUGUGUCCAAAUCACUAAGUGGUCCACACACACGCUACAGUCCUGAAGAAGGCGCGACCACGCCUCUUCAACCUCAGGAGGUUAAAAGGUUUGGCAUGGGCCCUCAGAUCCUCAAAGUUAUACAGCUGUACCAUUGAGAGCAUCUUGACUGGCUGCGUCACUGCUUGGUAUGGCAAUAGCAUCGCCCUCGAUCGCAUGAGGGACGCUACAGAGGGUGGUGCAGACAGCCCAGUACAUCACUGGGGCCAAGCUUCCUGACAUCCAGGACCUCUAUGUCAGGCGGUGUGAAAGGAAGACCCGGAAAAUCGUUAAAGACUCCAGCCACCCAAGACUGUUCUCUCUGUUUCUGCACAGCAAGCUGUUACCGGUGCAUCAAGUCUGACGCCAAUAGGCUCCUGAACAGCUUCUAUCCACAAGCCAUAAGACUGCUAAAUAGCUAACACAAUGGCUACAGGGCUAUCUGAGUUGACCCUUUUUUAUUGUAAUUUUAUUUUUGUACUGUCUCUAUGCACGCUCAGAGUGCCCUACACACGCACGCACACUGAGAUUCCUACACACAUACACUAGAUGACCAAAAGUAUGUGGACACCUGCUCGAUGAACAUCUCAUUCCAAAAUCCCCCUUUGCUGCUAUAACAGCCUCUACUCUUCAGGGAAGGCUUUCCACUAAAUGUUGGAACAUUGCUGCAGGGACUUGCUUCCAUUCAGCCAUGAGCGUUAUUGAGGUCGGGCACUGGUGUUGGGCGAUUAGGCCUGGCUUGCAGUCGGCUUUCCAAUUCAUCCCAAAGGGUGUCCAAUGGGGUUGAGGUCAGGGCUCUGUGCAGGCCAGUCAAGUUCUUCCACACCGAUCUCGACAAACAAUUUCUGUAUUGUCAUGCUGAAACAGGAAAGGGCCUUCUCCAAACUGUUGCCACAAAGUUGGAUGCACAGACUUCUCUAGAAUGUCAUUGUUUGCUGUAGUGUUAAGAUUUCCCUUCACUGGAGCUAAGGGGCCUAGCCCAAACCAUGAAAAACAGUCCCAGACCUUUAUUCCUCCUCCACCAAACUUUACAGUUGGCACUAUGCAUUUGUGCAGGUAGCGUUCUCCUGGCAUCCACCAAACCCAGAUUCAUCCGUCGGACUGCCAGAUGGUGAAGCGUGAUUGAUCCCUCCAGAGAAUGCGUUUCCACUGCUCCAGAGUCCAAUGGCGGCGAGCUUUACACCACUCCAGCCAGCGCUUGGCAUUGCGCGUGGUGAUCUUAGGCUUGUGUGCGGCUGCUCGGCCUUUGAAACCCAUUUGGAACUCGGUAGUGAGUGUUGCAACCGAGGACAGACGAUUUUUACCCGCUACGCGAUUCAGCACUCGGCAGUCCCGUUCUGUGAGCUUGUGUGGCCUACCACUUUGCGGCUGAGCCGUUGUUUCUCCUAGACGUUUCCACUUCACAAUAGCGGCAAUUACAGUUUGACCAGGGCAGAAAUUUUACAAACGGACUUGUUGAAAAGGUGGCAUGAGAUGGCCUAUGACAGUGCCACGAUGAAAGUCACAGCUCUUCAGUAAGGCCAUUCUACUGCCAAUGUUUGUCUAUGGAGAUUGCAUGGCUGUGUGCUCGAUUUUAUACACCUGUCAGCAACGGGUGUGGCUGAAAUAGCCAAAUCCACUCAUUUGAAGGUGUAUGCAGUGACUACUGGAAGUCGCUCUGUAGAAGAGCGUCUGCUAAAUGACUAAAAUGUAAAUGUAUAAUUUUCUUGUGUUCUUUUUAAUACAUUUUUGUUCUACCUUUUUAUUACUACUGCAUUGUUGUGUUUAGAGCAAGAAAGGCAUUUCACUGUACUAACUGAAGUUAAUUAGUGGGUGAUGGUGAUUUCAGAGCCGAAGUGGGGGUGGCUACAGUACAUGCAUCAUUUACACACACAGUACAUACACCAUGAGUAAGGUUUCCAUUCAAUUGGCGACAUACACUGCUCCAAAAAAUAAAGGGAACACUUAAACAACACAAUGUAACUCUAAGUCAAUCACACUUCUGUGAAAUCAAACUGUCCACUUAGGAAGCAACACUGAUUGACAAUACAUUUCACAUGCUGUUGUGCAAAUGGAAUAGACAACAGGUGGAAAUUAUAGGCAAUUUGCAAGACACCCCCCAAUAAAGGACUGGUUUUGCAGGUGGUGACCACAGACCACUUCUCAGUUCCUAUGCUUCCUGGCUGAUGUUUUGGUCACUUUUGAAUGCUGGCGGUGCUUUCACUCUAGUGGUAGCAUGAGACGGAGUCUACAACCCACACAAGUGGCUCAGGUAGUGCAGCUCAUCCAGGAUGGCACAUCAGUGCGAGCUGUAGCAAGAAGGUUUGCUGUGUCUGUCAGCGUAGUGUCCAGAGCAUGGAGGCGCUACCAGGAGACAGGCCAGUACAUCAGGAGACGUGGAGGAGGCCGUAGGAGGGCAACAACCCAGCAGCAGGACUGCUACCUCCGCCUUUGUGCAAGGAGGAGCAGGAGGAGCACUGCCAGAGCCCUGCAAAAUGACCUCCAGCAGGCCACAAAUGUGCAUGUGUCUGCUCAAACGGUCAGAAACAGACUCCAUGAGGGUGGUAUGAGGGCCCGACGUCCACAGGUGGGGGUUGUGCUUACAGCCCAACACCGUGCAGGACGUUUCGCAUUUGCCAGAGAACACCAAGAUUGGCAAAUUCGCCACUGGCGCCCUGUGCUCUUCACAGAUGAAAGCAGGUUCACACUGAGCACAUGUGACAGACAUGACAGAGUCUGGAGACGCCGUGGAGAACGUUCUGCUGCCUGCAACAUCCUCCAGCAUGACCGCUUUGGCGGUGGGUCAGUCAUGGUGUGGGGUGGCAUUUCUUUGGGGGGCCGCACAGCCCUCCAUGUGCUCGCCAGAGGUAGCCUGACUGCCAUUAGGUACUGAGAUGAGAUCCUCAGACCCCUUGUGAGACCAUAUGCUGGUGCGGUUGGCCCUGGGUUCCUCCUAAUGCAGGACAAUGCUAGACCUCAUGUGGCUGGAGUGUGUCAGCAGUUCCUGCAAGAGGAAGGCAUUGAUACUAUGGACUGGCCCACCCGUUCCCCAGAAUCCAAUUGAGCACAUCUGUCUCGCUCCAUCCACCAACGCCACGUUGCACCACAGACUGUCCAGGAGUUGACGGAUGCUUUAGUCCAGGUCUGGGAGGAGAUCCCUCAGGAGACCAUCCGCCACCUCAUCAGGAGCAUACCCAGGCGUUGUAGGGAGGUCAUACAGGCACGUGGAGGCCACACACACUACUGAGCCUCAUUUUAACUUUUGAUGACUAAAUUUGAUUUCCAUUGAUAAUUUUUGUGAUUUUGUUGUCAGCACAUUCAACUAUGUAAAGAAAAAAGUAUUUAAUAAGAUUAUUUCAUUCAUUCAGAUCUAGGAUGUGUUAUUUUAGUGUUCCCUUAAUUUUUUUGAGCAGUGUAUAUUUUUAUGCAAAUAUUCUAGAAUCCAUAUAAAGAAAAUAUGCAAAUUUUCCCACCAGUGGUAUGUUUCCACCAAAUGGACUUGUUGCGUAUAAAAAUCAGUGCGUGACGACGUAGUGCACACAAUGUACUUUCUCCACUUAUGUUUUCAUGUGCCGAAUAAAAAUCAAAAAGUUGCAUGUGUUUCCAUCGCAUUUACAACUCUACCGAUAGUUUUGUCACACAAACUGUUGCGUUAAAAAGCAAAUGUGCCUACCUACUCUGGUCUGGGCACCUUCUCUCUAGCCAACAGCUGGCAGAUACAGUGCGGGUUUAAUAAACUGCCGAGUCGUAGUGGGGAGGACCAUACACCACAUCAUCGUGUGACUCCAAAAUUACUUUGAUAUGACUGUUAUUAUAUCAAUAUUUGCGCAUUAAGGUUUUUCCACCGCCAUUUCAGGCGUAAUUAAUUUUACGGACAUAACACGAUCCCACUAUUUUGAACGAACAAAUUCUGUCGGCAUUUAUAAAAUUACACCGAAACUUCCUGUUUCCAUCACAGCUGUAGUGAGUUUUCUUCUUUUUUUUAAUGAUUUUACGCGCAUCUCUGAAGCUGGAGACUCUUACCUCCCUCACUAACUUUAAGCGUCAGUUGUCAGAGCAGCUUACCGAUCACUGCACCUGUACACAGCCCAUCUGUAAUUAGCCCACCCAACUACCUCAUCAUAUUGUUAUUUAUUUUGCUAAUUUGCACCCCAGUAUCUCUAUUUGCACAUAAUCUUUUGCACAUCUAUCAUUCCAGUGUUAAUACGGAAUUGUAACUAUUUUGCACUAUGGCCUAUUUAUUGCCUUACCUCCAUAACUUACUACAUUCGCACACACUGUAUACAGUGGGGAGAACAAGUAUUUGAUACACUGCCGAUUUUGCAGGUUUUCCUACUUACAAAGCAUGUAGAGGUCUGUAAUUUUUUAUCAUAGGUACACUUUAACUGUGAGAGACGGAAUCUAAAACAAAAAUCCAGAAAAUCACAUUGUAUGAUUUUUAAGUAAUUAAUUUGCAUUUUAUUGCAUGACAUAAGUAUUUGAUACAUCAGGAAAGCAGAACUUAAUAUUUGGUACAGAAACCUUUGUUUGCAAUUACAGAGAUCAUACGUUUCCUGUAGGUCUUGACCAGGUUUGCACACACUGCAGCAGGGAUUUUGGCCCACUCCUCCAUACAGACCUUCUCCAGAUCCUUCAGGUUUCAGGGCUGUCACUGGGCAAUACGGACUUUCAGCUCCCUCCAAAGAUUUUCUAUUGGGUUCAGGUCUGGAGACUGGCUAGGCCACUCCAGGACCUUGAGAUGCUUCUUACGGAGCCACUCCUUAGUUGCCCUGGCUGUGUGUUUCGGGUCGUUGUCAUGCUGGAAGACCCAGCCACGACCCGUCUUCAAUGCUCUUACUGAGGGAAGGAGGUUGUUGGCCAAGAUCUCACGAUACAUGGCCCCAUCCAUCCUCCCCUCAAUACGGUGCAGUCGUCCUGUCCCCUUUGCAGAAAAGCAUCCCCAAAGAAUGAUGUUUCCACCUCCAUGCUUCAUGGUUGGGAUGGUGUUCUUGGGUUUGUACUCAUCCUUCUUCUUCCUCCAAACACGGCGAGUGGAGUUUAGACCAAAAAGCUAUAUUUUUGUCUCAUCAGACCACAUGACCUUCUCCCAUUCCUCCUCUGGAUCAUCCAGAUGGUCAUUGGCAAACUUCAGACGGGCCUGGACAUGCGCUGGCUUGAGCAAGGGGACCUUGCGUGCGCUGCAGGAUUUUAAUCCAUGACGGCGUAGUGUGUUACUAAUGGUUUUCUUUGAGACUGUGGUCCCAUCUCUCUUCAGGUCAUUGGCCAGGUCCUGCCGUAUAGUUCUGGGCUGAUCCCUCACCUUCCUCAUGAUCAUUGAUGCCCCACGAGGUGAGAUCUUGCAUGGAGCCCCAGACCGAGGGUGAUUGACCAUCAUCUUGAACUUCUUCAAUUUUCUAAUAAUUGCGCCAACAGUUGUUGCCUUCUCACCAAGCUGCUUGCCUAUUGUCCUGUAGCCCAUCCCAGCCUUGUGCAGGUCUACAAUUUUAUCCCUGAUAUACUUACACAGCUCUCUGGUCUUGGCCAUUGUGGAGAGGUUGGAGUCUGUUUGAUUGAGUGUGUGGACAGGUGUCUUUUAUACAGGUAACGAGUUCAAACAGGUGCAGUUAAUACAGGUAAUGAGUGGAGAACAGGAGGGCUUCUUAAAGAAAAACUAACAGGUCUGUGAGAGCCGGAAUUCUUACUGGUUGGUAGGUGAUCAAAUACUUAUGUCAUGCAAUAAAAUGCAAAUUAAUUAAAUCAUACAAUGUGAUUUUCUGGAUUUUUGUUUUAGAUUCCGUCUCUCACAGUUGAAGUGUACCUAUGAUAAAAAUUACAGACCUCAAUAUGCUUUGUAAGUAGGAAAACCUGCAAAAUCGGCAGUGUAUCAAAUACUUGUUCUCCCCACUGUAUAUAUAUUUUCUGUUGUAUUUUUUGACUUUAUGUUUUGUUUACCCCAUAUGUAACUCUGUUGUUUUUAUCGCACUGCUUUGCUUUAUCUUGGCCAGGUCGCAGUUGUAAAUGAGAACUUGUUCUCAACUGGCUUACCUGGUUAAAUAAAGGUUAAAUAAAAUAAAAUAAAAAACUGGAUUGAAAUGUGGUUAUGGACUUACAUCAUUUACACACACACACAGAAGUCAGCUCAGACAGGUCCAGCUCAGACAGGUCCAGCUCAGACAGGUCCAGCUCAGACAGGUCCAGCUCAGACAGGUCCAGCUCAGACAGGUCCAGCUCAGACUGGUCCAGCUCAGACAGGUCCAGCUCAGACUGGUCCAGCUCAGACAGGUCCAGCUCAGACAGGUCCAGCUCAGACUGGUCCAGCUCAGACAGGUCCAGCUCAGACAGGUCCAGCUCAGACAGGUCCAGCUCAGACAGGUCCAGCUCAGACUGGUCCAGCUCAGACAGGUCCAGCUCAUGAGCUCCAUCAGCAGCAGAUGUUAACUUAGAAUGGAAUUUCAUGUUUAUUCAACAAGUGUUAGUGCAUCAUAUCACAUCACAUCGAUUCGUUUUCUAACCAAACCGAAUCGCACCAAAUCGUUUCAAACUAAAAUAUAUUGUAUUGGAGACCAUGUAUCUAGAUACGUGUUCAAUCGUCUUGAAUGGGAAAGAUGCACAUUCCUACUUGUCAUAUCGAUCUUUUACCCUAAUAAGGCUGACCGCAAUAAAGCCGUAGUCCGUGUUGUGGCCUUUUAUUGAUAGGAAGAAAAAUACCUUUAUAUGCAUUGUCUGUCCAUGGGCUUUAGUGAAGGGAAGCGUUUCAAUACCAGGGCCAGUCAAGCACAACCCCUUCCAGAGAGUCUAAUAUUGCCUCCUUCCCUCUCUUUAUAUGAAGUAUAUUCCCUCUCUGGUGGGCAGAUCUGGGCUACAUGGCCUUGAGGAGAAGCAUGUUUGAGAACAGUGACUGUAACAUACAGAGAAAAUUGUGUCCUCUGAAAAACUGAAACGCUGUCGGGAUCUGUGUUUUAUGGCGCCAUAAUUCCACACGCCAGACGCUUUUCACUCCCUUACUUUCAUUAAGAUUAUUUUUUUUGUGACGCAUGCUUGUAAAUUUAAUGUUUUCUUCUCAGGAAACAAGCCUUUUAAGCGGAUGACACUCUUGUUGUCAUUGUGAGGUGAGCCGUUGUCAUGUUAAUGUGCUCCUCCUAUGUUUUGGGAGCUUUGCUUUUUUGCUUUGACUGAUUUACUCUAUCCAGGCCCUUUGAUGUAAUUUGAUGUCAAUGGUUGUGUCCGAUAUGCUACCCUAUAGUGCACUACUUUUGACCAGAACCACUGCAGGGAAUAGGAGACUACUGUAUGCAAUAGGGGGCCAUUUCUGAUGCAGACUGUCUUUAUGUAGAUGCUGUAUGGUUGUGCUACUGUAUACCGUUAAACAUUGGUCAGUCACAGAAUUUCUCCUCUUCCGCUUCCCAGUCCCAGUGGCUCAGUGCUAGCCUGUCUGGACCAGGUGAAGCGCUACCUGCUGACUGAUGGCACCUGCAAGUGUGGCCUGGAGUGUCCUCUCACCAUUCACAAGGUGAGCCAGCCUGGAGGUGUUUUGUGGGUGUGUGAUGGGGCCACUCCUGGUAGAUGGGUCAUAAAGUUCAUGGGAAAAUACACUGCACACUCUACUGAACACUAACCCACUUCUAACUGUAGCCAGGGCUGGAGGAGAGAGGUAACACGUGUAUGUUGUAGGAGUAGCCACGUACACACGCUAACACCUUUCACUCCCCUCAGAUAUUCAACUUUGACCCCGGGGCGGCUGUCAAGCAUAGGAUGGCUGAGGAUGCACGAGCCGAUGCCACCAAGCUGUGUCUCCACAAGAGGAAGAUCAUCGCCACGGCAACUCUGCACAGGAACAUGGAGUCACCGCACCCCUCGCUGGCUCUGGCAAGUCAGGGUGGUGGCACUGGUAUGUGGAAGUUGUUUCUCAAUUUGAGAGGCAAACUAGCCCCCUGGUCCUCUGUAGCUCUGUUGGUAAAACAUGGUGCUUGCAACGCCAGGAUAGUGGGUUCGAUUCCCGGGGCCACCAAUAUGUGAAACGUAUGCACCCAUGACUAAGUCGCUUUGGAUAAAAGCGUCUGCUAAAUGGCUAUUAUUAUUUAUAUUAUAAAAAUCAAACCAUUCAUAUAGCUUAUUGGUUGAUAAUGAAGUUCAAUAUCUCAUAUCUAAUCACUUUCAGAAAUAGGCCUAUACUCACCAGUGCUUUGAGAUCUUACAGCAUUUGAUUGCCAUUCAAUUGCUUUUACGCUCCAAUGGGUGUCACUAGAUAUAAUGACAUGAGCAUCUGUGCAUUCAUUAAGUUUUGUUCCAUUUUUCCAUAUGCCAUGGAGAAAUUAAAAUGAAAGACAAUAUGUUUAUGACAGAUUGAGAUCAGCUCCGUCAGAAAUGCUCUGCUCUGUGCAGUGUUUUUACUGCUGCUGUGCUGCAUUCUGCCCUGUCAGCAUUGUGUUAUAAAAGAGAAGCAGAAAUGUGACACUGUCUGAACAUGCAUACACAUAUCAGCUAGAUUAUAUUUCCAUAACAUUCAGUCUGCUUGGCUGCUGUUUUCUAACUGUUUGCUCUAAAUAUAGGGUGUUUGUUGUCAAUUCAGCACUGUUUGUAUAUUUGCAAGGUCAGAAUGGAAAAUGCAGAGUGAAUUACUCAGAAUCAUCUAAAUUUUGAUCUGUAAUAUAAACUUGACAAAACUAAGAUGCCUGCUAACUGAGAUGACUAAUAUCAACAAUAUUACUCUGAUUUGCAGGUACGAAGACUGUGGGUCCCAUGAGUCAUCCAGCAAUAAAGAACAAUAUGCACGAUGGUCCACCCAACAAGAUGGCUAUGUCUGGUCAACGGUACUAUAACCAUGAACUGGGUUCUCCUCCUCAGAGAGAUCCGUACUCUGGUUACAGCAGGACAAGGCUGGGGGGAGGUGAUCGCAGUAGCCAACAACGGUCACCCUAUCGCAGCCGCAGUGUCCUGCUCAACCACUCGUCCUCCACCUCAUGUGGCUCACAGCAUUAUGGUGAUGGGACUCCCUCCCCAAGGACUGAACUUCUGGGGAGUCCUGACCCCAACAUGCUUGGUUUUCAUGGAGCUUGCAGCCCAGGCUCUACCCAUAUGAACGGUGAUCGUUUUACACCUCUCUCACCACCUAGUGUUCUGCUCCACGGCUCGCCUUCGGCCACCCAGCCCUCGUGUCCCAUAGUAGGAAGGACUAAUGUACCCAUCAAUGCCAAAAGCCCCAAUAUGCAGAAGCCCUCCUGCAGCUUCCCCCACAACGACUUUCAACAUAAGCCCCAGCCUGCAUGCCAUCCACACCCACAGUCACACUUGUCCCUGUCUCAGCUCCCUCCCUCCUCGGAGAAGGACCCUCUUGGUAUCCUGGACCCCAUUCCAAGCCAGGGUCCCUUAGUGCCAAACGUAUCUGGUCAUUCUCAGGUACCUCCAAUGAAUGUAAACAUUCCCCCUGCCAGUGUCCCUUUGCCCAGCAACCUGCCUUUGCCAACUGGGAAGUCUGGACCUGUUGGGCAUGGCCAGAGGGUCCAGCACCACCCUGCCCCAUCUGUCUCGUCCUCACCUAUCGUGUCCCCGGUACAUAUGGCUGGGCCUAUCCUUGCCAGGGUGGAGGAGUCACCCCACCGCUCACGUUGUUCCUCCGGUUCUUCUGAACAUGGGAGCUUUGCUCACCCCACGGGGCUCCAGGUACCUUGUGGGGGUUCAAAGCCACAUCCCCGCUCCCCUCGGGCCUCCUUGGGGUCCCCUCGACCUGCAAUGCCCCCAAAUUCUGCAUAUAAGAUGGACAAACUCCAUCACUUGAACGAUAACCCCAACUACCUUCCAGGGAGGAUGAACAGUAGUCUAAGCAGGCAUUCCAACUCCAUGUGCCCUCCAGCUCCCGGAUCUGAUAGUGUCCUUCAAAGGAAUCACUCGGUAGGAAUGCCCCUUAACCAGAUGCUAGAUCAACAGAAUCCUGCUUCCUUCCCAGCCAGCAGUCUUCUGUCAGCCGCAGCCAAAGCACAGCUAGUAAAUCAAAACAAACAUCCCGACAGCGCAGCGGCUGCAGGCACAGAGGCUCACAGUGGCAGCAGUUUGGGACACCCAGGGCUGGUUGGUGGAGGCAGAGGUGGGAACCUAGAUGGACACAGCACUUUAAACCAGAGAUAUCUACCUAAUCCUGGGCCGUUGGCGAGCGAGGGUCAAACUGGAAGAGCAGCAUUAAGAGACAAACUCAUGGGUAUGGCUCAGCAGAGAGAGGCGAAUCGCAAGCGGAAACUGUCCAAUGAUGUCAGCGGUGGUGGCAUCAACAAUGACAGGGCUUUCGACGUGCUCAAGCAUCCGAUGGGUGGCUCUGGAUCUAUUUCAUCUAGCUUUCCAGAGCCUUUGAGGAGAAUGUUGCAGCAGGGUAGCCUGCCCCCAAACACCUCCAUGGCCCAGCUGCUCCAAUCCAUGAGCCACCAGAGUGCCCAUAAUGGGCCAAGCCAUGUGGGCCACAGCCUGGCCCGAUCUGGCAAAUCACCCUUCUUGGAGGAAGCUUUGCCUCGUAUGUCAGCUUUGCAGCAGAGCUUGCAGGGGCCUCAACUCCAGGGCAGAGCGAUGGUCCCUGGCUUCCAGAACAUGAACAGUGAAGGUCAGAUUUCAGGCCAGGAUCUAAACAUGGAGCAGUUCAACGGGCCAAUGAACCAAAUGCAGGAACCCGCCUUAGCUGGGAACUUUGGGGUGCUGGGCUACGGUGGUGGACAACAUGCAGCCAUGGGGUCAAUGCAGAGCAACCCAAACUCUCACCAGCAGCAGCAGUUUGGACAUUAUCAGAAACCAUCCCAGGCGCAAGGCAACCCCCACUUCAGAGGCAGGGCAGGAUUGCCUCCCAUGAUGUCCAAUGGCAGUGUCCAAGCCCCCUCUAAGUCAGGUAAGCAGCUGUUUCUUCUUGAUUUUGUUGACUUUUGUUCUCUUAUCCUUUGUAGCAAAAUCAUAGAUUUAUAUUAUGACGUUUUAAGUCAAUAGUCUCUACCUACACUUUUUUUGCGGUUACGCGAAGGACAGUAAUUUGUGUUGUGCCCCAUUAUGGAGAACUCUGGUAUAGUUUUUGUCGUAGUAAUUCAAAUAUUUGGAUAUACAGUAGCUUACUUUAUUACAAUGAUCACAAGGUGAGCAAUAUAGAUGUUUGGGCAAAAAGCUACUAUUUUGUAUUAGGCUACCUUAUGAAUAUGACCAUCUUUUUGCAUAACUCCUUGUCCUUUUCAUUCAGUUCAGUCUCAUUUUGUUGCAGUCUUUGUCACUUGUGCUCUUUUAGAAGCUUUCAACAUAGAGCUGACUGCAAAACAUUUUCUGCUGCAUAGCCAAAUAAAAGUGAUGUAUUUUAAGCCUGUGCAAGACUUCUUUUAAAGGCAAACAUUUUGUACAAGCAGGCAGAUAAAACAUUUCUGAUAUGUUUUUCAACUUGUAUUUCUCACAUCAGGCCUUAUUGUUCAUGCUUUUUUGUUUGGGCUCUAAUUUCUUUAACCCAUUUUCAGCUAAACUAAGUCAUCUUUUCAACAAUGCUUUGACCCGACACCCAACUCUCCAUCUUGGCUAUUAUGAUCAUGAUACGUGUUUCUCUGUAUACAAUCCUCAGUGUAAUUACUCUCAUUGUAUGAAAUGACAAAAGACAAAACAACACUCACCAAGUGAGAUUAUCAAGUAUUAUGCUAGAAGUUGUUCUACUGUAAACAUUAGGCCUAGUUGCUAUCUACAUUAGUGCUAUCUACACUGCGACCGCAGUGUUGUGGAAUGCAUUUCCUUCCAAUGUCCUCUGUCGUCUGCGGCCAGGCCUCUGCAUUGCCAAGGGUGACAGUCUGUGACAGAGAGCCCAAGAAGAGCCACUAGCCACGCGUCACUGGUUCGUGUAUCAGACGGCUGUGUGUGUCCUCUUGGCUAAUGUCGCUGUCUCUGUGUCCUCGAGCUAGCCUCUAGGAACCUACAGUCCUGCGCUUAGAGAGCGAAGGAUGGGCAAGACGGUCACAGAAAAUGAGAGCAGCGGCUCUGGUAAACAAGUGAUAUAAUAUUAAUCUGAAUUCCUGAGAUGGGGAUUUGAUCUUAAUUAGAGCUGGGUCAUAUGGAUAAAAAUCCGUAUUGCAAUAAAUUGUUGCGGUAAUGAUAAAUAGAAUGUUUAUAACAUGAAUGUGGACCACAGUUUUUAUUAUUAUCCUUUAAACUACUACUACUGGUUUGAUGGUUGUAGACAUCAAUUGUCUCUUUAACAAUCACCCAUAUUAGCAAACUCAUUUCAAACUUCACAUUUCUCUAGGAUAGGCUACUUUUCGCAAUGAACGAUAUCAGCAAAAAUGCCUGCGAUAAGUGAUGGGUAUGGUCGGUGUGGAUCAUUUUUGGUGUAUCGUCCCAGCUCUAAUCUUAAUGGUUGUAGGUGGUUGGGUAGAUUAUUAGAAGACCUGCUCUGCCACCAGAUACUUAUUGUCUCUGUCCUUUUAUUUUGAAGUGAUAAGUACUAAGCAAAGGCUAGUAAUGGCAUUUAGUCUAGAUACAUUCUCUUAGCUCUAGUCUGAUUAUAUGACGUACAGUCGACUCCUGAUGUAUGCAACGGCUUGGGAUUGUUGUGAAUGCAGAUAGCAGGCAGUGCCACAAACAUUUUAGAAUUUGAAUUGGGACUAGUGAGCUGCACUCCCCUUGAAGGGAAAUUGCAUUUCCUUUGAUGUGCAAUUAUCAGGAGUCAAAUGUAUCUAGACAGAUGAACCCUUUAGCGUAAGCUAAUUACAGUAGGUGGAAUCUUGUAUUUUAUGCACUUUCAUAGUAAUGUCAAGUCAAUAGCUAUCUGCCAGAGAGUAGGGAGCACUAGCACCUGGACAAGCCAAUGCCCUUACAGUGAGAGACAUGCCACACAUCCAUAAACAUGGGAUGCAUUUCUGUUUCGAUACAGGAGCUCCACACAUAUGAUCACAUUCACUUCCUGUCCAAGCUCUGUGGAUUCAGCAAAUGUUCUCCGAAACCAUCAAAGUUAGCGGAUCAUGGUGGCUACUGGCUACUUUGUUGAGGUUUGUCAUCUGUUUUUGUUAAAUGAACCUUUAUUUCAAUAGCAAUAGACUCCUAAUGUUGUCACUGACUGCUAUUAUUGACUACUUCUCCUGUUAUUCACCAUAUCCUUGUUGACACAGUGUUGAGGUAAUGUAUGGAUAUCCAUCUAGGCCUAUUGCUCGAGUUCUAGAAGUGUACGUUCAAGAUUUAUAUCCCCAUUGAUUUAAGAGUCAGUGGCCAUCUUAUCUAAAACACCUAUAAUUGGUCUGAAGUUUGUCUGUAGUCAGGAAAGCCCAAAUGAACCACAGUUGACCUCUUAGUUUUCAUUACAGCAUAUUCUUUAUUUUCUCACUUGUCGGUUUCGUUUUCCUUUCGUAUUUGUUCAAUCAAUUCCUCACAAAGUACAUUCUGGGCUUGUUUGUUUUUGCGACCUACACUACUCUCUUUUACCGUCUCUUUGUAUUUCAACACAUCCUCUUUCAAUUACCACUAGUAAUUGUCUUAUUUGGAGUGAUUGUGCUAUCCCCAAGUGAUCCCCCUUCACUACUUCCUCUCAGAGAAUCCCCUGCUUUUUGUGAUCGUCACAGAGUCAGUCUAUUAGGUCUCCCGUUGUUGUCUGUAGUUUGCCAAGUUCCUCAGACUUCACUGUGUUUGCUUAUCUUUGAAAAACCUCAGUUAGCGUGGAGCAGUGUUGUCCUCAUGAUCAGAUCUCCCUCUACACACCUAAUCCCUCACUUCACUCCUCAUGAUCAGAUCUCCCUCUACACACCUAAUACCUCACUUCACUCCUCAUAAUCAGAUCUCCCUCUACUCUCCCUCACUUCACUCCUCAUAAUCAGAUCUCCCUCUACUCUCCCUCACUUCACUCCUCAUAAUCAGAUCUCCCUCUACUCUACCUCACUUCACUCCUCAUAAUCAGAUCUCCCUCUACUCUCCCUCACUUCACUCCUCAUAAUCAGAUCUCCCUCUACACACCUAAUCCCUCACUUCACUCCUCAUAAUCAGAUCUCCCUCUACUCUCCCUCACUUCACUCCUCAUAAUCAGAUCUCCCUCUACUCUCCCUCACUUCACUCCUCAUAAUCAGAUCUCCCUCUACUCUCCCUCACUUCACUCCUCAUAAUCAGAUCUCCCUCUACACACCUAAUACCUCACUUCACUCCUCAUAAUCAGAUCUCCCUCUACUCUCCCUCACUUCACUCCUCAUAAUCAGAUCUCCCUUUACUCUCCCUCACUUCACUCCUCAUAAUCAGAUCUCCCUCUACUCUCCCUCACUUCACUCCUCAUAAUCAGAUCUCCCUCUACUCUCCCUCACUUCACUCCUCAUAAUCAGAUCUCCCUCUACUCUCCCUCACUUCACUCCUCAUAAUCAGAUCUCCCUCUACACUCCCUCACUUCACUCCUCAUAAUCAGAUCUCCCUCUACACACCUAAUACCUCACUUCACUCCUCAUAAUCAGAUCUCCCUCUACACACCUAAUACCUCACUUCACUCCUCAUAAUCAGAUCUCCCUCUACUCUCCCUCACUUCACUCCUCAUAAUCAGAUCUCCCUCUACUCUCCCUCACUUCACUCCUCAUAAUCAGAUCUCCAUCUACACACCUAAUACCUCACUUCACUCUUCAUAAUCAGAUCUCCCUCUACUCUCCCUCACUUCACUCCUCAUAAUCAGAUCUCCAUCUACACACCUAAUACCUCACUUCACUCCUCAUAAUCAGAUCUCCCUCUACACACCUACAUCACUUCACUCCUCAUAAUCAGAUCUCCCUCUACUCUCCCUCACGUCACUCCUCAUUCUCCCAAUUUUCUCACCCCUCUUGUUACUUUUUAAUCUCUCACACCUCUCUCUACUGUCUCCUCUGUCUUUCUCCUGUCUCCUCUGUCUCUCCUCUCUCUCUCUCCCUCCCUUUGUACAGUUGAGGUCAGUAGUUCUCUGAGCUGUGAGCUGAGGCAGGCCCAAGAGGAGAGUCUCCAGUCUCUCAUCAGGAGCAGCCAGGCCAAUACACUGCAACAACAGAGACAGCAGCAGCAACAGCUUGUUCAGGGUCCGGGCCGGCACUCCAUACAGGGCCAGCAGCACCACAGGUUCCAGGGCCACGGCUCCCAUCCUGAUGCCCCUCUCCCUGAUGGUGUUGCCUCCAACCCCAUGAACAGCCUCCUUCAGAGCUUCCAGGUCUGUCUGAUGUGUUCUCCAUCUGUUUGAGUCCUAUUUUCUCUUACUUUCUGUGUAUUUGGAUGUUGGUUGUAUUUUAAGGAUGAUUAUUGUUGUCAAUGUGACUGCCUCUCUUCCUCUCUUUUUGUUACAGGGGGGUUUGCCUGAGAGGAUUCCACUGCCCAACAGAACUAUAAUGAGUCGACCAGGGAUUAUGUCCAUGUCCCAACCCGGUGCCCCUUGCCUACAGGAGGGUCAUCGAGAAUACCAGGCUGCCCAAGGUCUUCACAGUGGUGGGGGAGAAGUUAUUGAUCCCAUCCACAGGGCAGUGAUGGGCACGGCCAGCAAGAGCACGUCUAAUGCCAUUACAUCAACGGGUGGUAGCGGUACCUUCGCUGCUACUGUUGUCUGCGAGCCUGUCGACCUCUCCCAUGCGAUCAACUCUGUCAUCCACACCGGCCCCCUCCGCUCAUAUCAGGAGCCAGUGCCAGAGAACCGACACCAUCCCAAGGUGGGCCGGCCCCGCAAGAAGACCCCUGAACGGAACAACAACAGCUUCUCCCCCGUUGCCAUGGAAUCUCCUACAAGAUUCCGCUCACCUCGACGUGGAGCCCAGAGAAGACAAUGGGAUGGGGAGGCGGAGGGCCAGGAGCAGGCUGGUCUGUGGCGUGAUGACGAGCUCCUCCAACAGCUUUCCUUAGCCCAGAGCAGAAACGGCACCUACCCAGAGAGGCCCAAAGGUCAGGCCCACUUAGGCCCCCAGGAUCAAACACCACUGCAGGUCCCCAGUGGCCUGUAUGCCCAUAUGAACGGCAACGGUAGGGGCCGCACCUCGGGAAGACCCAGACACCCCAGCCUGUCCCCACCAGAGGGCCACUGCACCAAGGACUACAGCCUCUUCAACGGACAUCUGAACGGACAUCUGAACGGCCAACUCCAAGGCCAACUCCACGGCCAACUCAACGGUCACUGCUACAACAGGUAUUACAAUGGGCACCUGAACGGGAGCCUGAGCGGCGAGGAGGACCUGAGGCCUGGGGACUCAACCUCCUCCAGUGAGGGUCUCCAGCUCCACCACAGGCCAAUAACUCAGACCCACUACCCGGGAGAGCUGCUCUGGGGCCAGGGCAAAGGCUUCCCUACAUGGCCAGGCAAGAUGGGGAGCGAGGGGCACAUGUACUCCCCUGGGAUGGUGAACAGCAUACAGGGAAAAGUGAGAUUAUUGUCAGUGUUGUGUGAUUAUGAUUGGUCACAUGACUACAUCACAUAAGGAAGUGGAGGUCUCCGCCACAAUUCCACCCUCAGUUUCAACACAAUUUUACAUUACGCUUUUGCUGCUACUACUAUUGUGCACAUGACCUUUGCAGGUUUUUUUUAAUGAUGGCAAGAUAAUGCUUUGUAUAAGAGAGGAGUUUUAAAAUGUGCAGACAGUAGGUAUGGCAUGUCCCUGAAGGAUAUUAUAUUCUUCACAAAGAGCAUGGCAGGGAGAGAGAAGAACUCCGGUGUUCUGCAUUCAAAAACGAGUUCUGCUCUGCGGCACUGCCAAAGGCCUCAGAGACGCCAAAGAAUUAGAGGUCGUUUCACCCCCAUUUUCACGUCUGUCGACAUCCAUUGCUUGAAUUUAUUGUGCUUUGUUUUAGUUAUUUUCAAAGCUACUGUCUAGGCACUUCAAUUUGGGAUUGGGGGAAUGUGCUUUUAUAUGAAUUUGCCACACCCAUCUUUUUUUAUAGGCCUAUGUGUGGACAGCUAUUUGAAUUAAUCUGACCCCUUGUGUUGUGUAAAUCAGAAAUUGAAAGCAGUUUGGAAGGGUAGGAGAAGAUGCUGUCUCUUUUAAGUAGAAAACUGUUGAAUUCUCUUUUGUCUUUUCUUGUGUUAAUUAAAGUAGCUUGCAAGUUAGUCAUCAGACAAUAAGGCUUUAUUGAAGUUGAGUCAUUGUGAUUAUUGAGUGUGAAAUGAAGUCAUUGCUUUGACACGAGUCAUUCUGCAAACUCAUUUAGAACUUCUGUCCUGAGGACAGGGUAAUGUUCUUUUGGUUUCCGUUGGCUGUUUAACACUGUCAAUGCAGAUGAUUCUUUGGUAAAGUUUUGGUUUUAUUCUCCCGGUCAGUGUUUGGUAAUGUUGUUUCUACUUGCCCUCAGAUAGAGUCAGACAAUUUCCAGAGGACACUAACAGAGGAUCUGGAGACACUACACAAAGCAAACAAGAUAACUAGAAAGUAAGUUACUUACCCUAAAUCAGUGGUUCUCAACUGGUUUUGUCUCUGGACCCAAAUUGAACCAGGUUGUCUGUCGCGCUCCAAUAUUCACAUCACAAUUUAUUAUUUUUGCCAAAAUGCAAUCUGGAAAACUUUAAUGCAAUAUUGAUAGUAAAUGUACCAAUUACAUGACGAGAACAACAGUCCCAUCUUUUCAUUGUCAAUAAUUCCAAUUUGCCCAUAUUCUUGAUGAAGAAUGUCAAGCUCACUGGUUUGAGACCACAAAAUCAACCAAAUCUGCUAAAUAGCGCUGCUAUUAACUAUUGAAAAUACUGUGAUUGAAGAACAAUUGUUCAGAGGUUUAAAAAAAUAUAUAGGUUCAUUCUAAUUUCUACACCCGUUCUACCUGGGUUUAGUCGUUUAAGUUCAGACUGGAGUAUAUUUCAUUAAAAUAAUAAAUUAAAUUAUAUAUAUAUAUAUAUAUAUAUAUAUAUAUAAUAUAUAUAUACAGGUGCACCUCAAUAAAUUAGAAUAUUGUGGAAAAGUUAAGUAAUUUCAAUAAUUCAAUUGACAAAGUGAAACUCAUAUCGUGGAUUAAUUACACAAAAAAGUGAAAUACUUCAAGCCUGUAUUUGUUUUAAUCUUGAUGAUUACGGCUUACAGCUCAUGAAAACCCCAAAUUCAGUAUCUCUGAAAAUUAGAAUAUGACAUAAGACCAGUGAAAAAAUUUAAUUUAAUAGACAUGUCGGCCUUCUGAAAAGUAUGUUCUUGUACAUGCAGUCAGUACUUGGUUGGGGCUCCUUUUGCAUGAAUCACUGCAUCUAUGCGGCGUGGCAUGGAGUCGAUCAGCCUGGGGCACUGCUGAGGUGUUAUGGAAGCCUAGGUUGCUUCGAUAGCGGCCUUCAGCUCAUCUGCAUUGUUGGGUCUCGUGUCUCUCUCCUCUUGACAAUACCCCAUAAAUUCUCUAUGGGGUUCAGAUCAGGCGAGUUUGCUGGCCAAUCAAGCACAGUAAUCCCAUGGUCAUUGAACCAGGUAUUGGUACCUUCUGCAAUGUGGGCAGGUGCCAAGUCCUGCUGGAAAAUGAAAUCAGCAUCUCUAUAAAGCUUGUCAGCAGAAGGAAGCAUGAAGUGCUCUAACAUUUCCUGGUAGAUGGCUUGAGUUGACUUUGGACUUGAUGAAACACAGUGGACCAACAACCGAAGAUGACAUGGCUCCCCAAAUCAUCACUGACUGUGGAAACUUCACACUGGACUUUAAGCAACUUGGAUUCUGUGCCUCUCCACUCUUCCUCCAGACUCUGGGACCUUGAUUGCCAAAUGAAAUGCAACAUUUACUUUCAUCUGAAAAGAGGACUUUGGACCACUGAGCGACAGACCAGUUAUUUUUCUCCUUAGCCCAGGUAAGACGCUUCUGACGUUGCCUCUGGUUCAGGAGUGGCUUGACACGAGGAAUGCGACAGUUGUAGCCCAUUUCCUGGAUACGUCUGUGUGUGGUGGCUCUUGAUGCACUGACUCCUGCCUCAGUCCACUCCUUGUGAAGCUCCCCCACAUUUUUGAAUGGCCUUUGCUUGACACUCCUCUCAAGGCUCCGGUUAUCCCUGUUGCUUGUGCACCUUUUCCUACCACACUUCUUCCUUCCACUCGACUUCCAUGAAUAUGCUUGAAUACAGCACUCUGUGAACAGCCAGCUUCUUUAGCAAUGAUCUUUUGAGGCUUUCCCUCCUUGUGGAGUGUGUUGAUGACUAUCUUCUGCACAACUGUCAAGUCAGCAGUCUUCCCCAUGAUUGUGAAGCCUACUGAACUGGACUGAGAUACCAUUUAAAGGCUCAGUAAACCUUUGCAGGUGUUUUGAGUUAGUUAGCUGAUUAGAGUGUGACACCUUGAGUCUACAAUAUUGAACUUUUUCACUAUUCUAAUUUUCUGAGAUACUGAAUUUGGGGUUUUCAUGAGCUGUAAGCCGUAAUCCUCAAGAUUAAAACAUACAGGCUUGAACUAUUUCACUUUUUGUGUAAUUAAUCCACGAUAUGAGUUUCACUUUGUCAAUUGAAUUAUUGAAAUUACUUAACUUUUCCACAAUAUUCUAAUUUAUUGAGCUGCACCUGUGUAUAUGUAAGUGUGUGUGUGUGUGUGUGUGUGUGUGUGUGUGUGUGUGUGUGUGUGUGUGUGUGUGUGUGUGUAUGUAUGUAUAUAUGUAUAUACACAGUGGGGAGAACAAGUAUUUGAUACACUGCCGAUUUUGCAGGUUUUCCUACUUACAAAGCAUGUAGAGGUCUGUAAUUUUUUAUCAUAUGUACACUUCAACUGUGAGAGACGGAAUCUAAAACAAAAAUCCAGAAAAUCACAUUGUAUGAUUUUUAAGUAAUUAAUUUGCAUUUUAUUGCAUGACAUAAGUAUUUGAUACAUCAGAAAAGCAGAACUUAAUAUUUGGUACAGAAACCUUUGUUUGCAAUUACAGAGAUCAUACGUUUCCUGUAGGUCUUGACCAGGUUUGCACACACUGCAGCAGAGAUUUUGGCCCACUCCUCCAUACAGACCUUCUCCAGAUCCUUCAGGUUUCGGGGCUGUCGCUGGGCAAUACGGACUUUCAGCUCCCUCCAAAGAUGUUCUAUUGGGUUCAGGUCUGGAGACUGGCUAGGCCACUCCAGGACCUUGAGAUGCUUCUUACGGAGCCACUCCUUAGUUGCCCUGGCUGUGUGUUUCGGGUCGUUGUCAUGCUGGAAGACCCAGCCCCGACCCAUCUUCAAUGCUCUUACUGAGGGAAGGAGGUUGUUGUCCAAGAUCUCGCGAUACAUGGCCCCAUCCAUCCUCCCCUCAAUACGGUGCAGUCAUCCUGUCCCCUUUGCAGAAAAGCAUCCCCAAAGAAUGAUGUUUCCACCUCCAUGCUUCACGGUUGGGAUGGUGUUCUUGGGGUUGUACUCAUCCUUCUUCUUCCUCCAAACACGGCGAGUGGAGUUUAGACCAAAAAGCUAUAUUUUUGUCUCAUCAGACCACAUAACCUUCUCCCAUUCCUCCUCUGGAUCAUCCAGAUGGUCAUUGGCAAACUUCAGACGGGCCUGGACAUGCGCUGGCUUGAGCAGGGGGACCUUGCGUGCACUGCAGGAUUUUAAUCCAUGACGGCGUAGUGUGUUACUAAUGGUUUUCUUUGAGACUGUGGUCCCAGCUCUCUUCAGGUCAUUGACCAGGUCCUGCCGUGUAGUUCUGGGCUGAUCCCUCACCUUCCUCAUGAUCGUUGAUGCCCCACGAGGUGAGAUCUUGCAUGGAGCCCCAGACCGAGGGUGAUUGACCGUCAUCUUGAACUUCUUCCAUUUUCUAAUAAUUGCGCCAACAGUUGUUGCCUUCUCACCAAGCUGCUUGCCUAUUGUCCUGUAGCCCAUCCCAGCCUUGUGCAGGUCUACAAUUUUAUCCCUGAUGUCCUUACACAGCUCUCUGGUCUUGGCCAUUGUGGAGAGGUUGGAGUCUGUUUGAGUGUGUGGACAGGUGUCUUUUAUACAGGUAACGAGUUCAAACAGGUGCAGUUAAUACAGGUAAUGAAUGGAGAACAGGAGGGCUUCUUAAAGAAAAAUUAAUAGGUCUGUGAGAGCCGGAAUUCUUACUGGUUUGUAGGUGAUCAAAUACUUAUGUCCUGCAAUAAAAUGCAAAUUAAUUACUUAAAAAUCAUACAAUGUGAUUUUCUGGAUUUUUGUUUUAGAUUCCAUCUCUCACAGUUGAAGUGUACCUAUGAUAAAAAUUACAGACCUCUACAUGCUUUGUAAGUAGGAAAACCUGCAAAAUCGGCAGUGUAUCAAAUACUUGUUCUCCCCACUGUAUAUAUAUAUAUGUGUGUAUGUAUAUAUGUAUAUAUAUGUAUAUAUAUGUGUGUGUGUGUGUAUAUGUAUAUAUAUAUAUAUUUUUUUUUUUUUUUUUUUUACUCACACUCGCAACCCAUUCAAAACCUCCUGUGACCCAAAUUUGUCGCAACCCACCAGUUGAGAAUUGUUGCCCUAGAUGGAUAUGCUUUAUUCUGUCCCUGGAUAUUGUUUUAUCAGAUGAGGAUACAGUAAUACAAAUACGUUCUCUUUCUUACAGUGGGGGAAAAUGGAAUAACCACCUAGAAGCUGCUAUACAGGAGGCUAUGAGCGAGCUGGAUAAGAUGACAGGCAAUGUGAGUACUCUGACAUCUAAACAUCAUGGGUAGAUUCAUAUUAUUUGGUUACGUGUACUGUACGUACACACCUCUAUAGACAUGACCUUUGUGUGUCCAAAUGUGUUUGUCUACAGUCUCUAAAGAUGGUUUUCCUUUUUUUCCCCAUUUCUUUGGUGCACCAGAUGUCACAGAGAGACCGACAAGUCAAGACCCCUAAACCCAAGAGGAGGAAGAUCUCCAGAUGACAGUGAAUGUGUGGAUCCGUUACUUCAGUGGCCUUCUGGGUAGCGGUCCAUCUAGCCAAUGGGUUUCAGUGUAGCCGGUUGUGGAACUGCUACUAGUUAGCUGUGUGUGCAUUAGAAGCGACCGUUGUCCACUCUGUUAAACAGCUUGGUACUUAGUCCAACUGGAUUGGUGCAACGAUCAGUCAUCACCCCUUCCACCUUGACCACCACCAUGAUACUGACAGUGAAAGAAGUACAAGAAAGGAUGGAGGAACCUAGCUGCAAAAUAAUAGCUGUGAUGUAGCAGCAGCUAGCUUGUCCUUGUGGAAAAUAAUGAGAUUCUAUAUAUGAGGAAAUUGUUGGUACAAAUAUUUCUGAUGCAUUUAUUGUACAAUUGACAAAGGAAAACAGUACAACGUUAUAUUGAGUGAUUUAAUUGUAUAUAUUGUUCAGUAUUAUCAUAGAUGAGUCGAUCUAAUGCUCAUUUUCUAAUGUACCUGUCAAUCUAUGUUUUUAUUUUGCACAAAACGGUGCGGCCAGAGAUGUCUUUUUUCAAAAGAAAAGCAUCAUAAAGGCUUUUUCUAGAGAUCUAUUGAAACACGCUGUUAAGCAUCAAACAAUAGAAGGAUUAUGAACAUCUGAACUUCAACAGACACUAUUUUCUGGAAAGGCAUACAGAGUCCCAAGAAAAGUAAACUGGAAGAUUUGAAAAUAGAUACUGUGGGUCUAUCUGAACAUAGAGAGACAUGCAAAUACUUUCUUAUGUUUUUCCUUUUUCUUCUUGUUUUUAUCAAUUUUAUCGAAGAAAAGAAAAAGCCAUCAAGGGAAGGAGUCAGAAAAAAUGCCUCUAAGUUAAAUUAUAUUUACUCCCAAAGUAAAAAUGUAUUUUCUCUGAAUAUUUUUGAUACAGAUUUUCUGUUAUAUCUGCUAAAUGAGUUUAACAGUGAGUGUUUUGUGUUCAUUUUAAAAAGGGUAAGUUAUUGUAAAGUAUAGACUAAUUUGUGUGGUAUACAGUUGAAGUUGGAAGUUU